AGAAAAAAAAAACUCGAUCUUUAAUAAAAAUAAAUAUUUUCCCUUCCCCCACUUUUUUUUAGGACAUUUUUUUUUUCCUUAUUGUGGGGAACGAAAAGAUUUUUUAUUUUUUUUUAUUUUGUCAUAUUAUUAUUACAUAGACUCAUUAUAACUAUUCAUUAAUUCAUUACUGAUUAUUCUUACACUAAAAAUAAAAUAAAAUUAUAAGUUAUACAUUAUACAUUAAAAUAAAAUAGAUCAAUGACAUGAGUUCAACGACACCUGGAUCACCUCAUCCUUAUUUUGAUGAAAAAGUUGUGGAAAGAGAAAGUCGGAUAAAAAGUUUAUUUGAGUCAUUGGAUAUGAAAGGACGAGGCUAUUUAGAUGCAGAAGCUAUUCUUCAAGGAUUUUUAAUGUUAACACACUUACCAGCUCAUAGAGAAUAUGUGGUUGACUUGCUGAAUAAGUGUGAUACAGCACAUGAUGGAAUUAUAGAUUAUCAAGAAUUUAGAAACUAUGUUGUAGAAAAAGAAAAGGAUCUUUGGUCGUUAUUUUCGGAAAUUAAUAAAUCGGGUGACAACCGAAUUCACCCGGAUGAACUUCAGUUGGCUUUGAAGGCGGCUGGUAUUCAAGCAACAAAUGAUGAUAUUAAAGAUUUUAUGCAAGCUAUUGACACUGAUGGACAUGGUUAUAUUGAUUUUGAAGUUUGGCGUAAUUUUGUAUUGUUAUUACCACGUGAAACUACAAUUGGAGAGAUUUAUCGAUAUUAUCAAACUUCAACUCAACUUACACAUGAUGCAGAAGUGGUUAUCCCUCAUACAGAUGAAACUGCUAGUAAUGCAUAUAAAUAUUUAGCUGCUGGUGGUAUAGCAGGUGCUGUUUCUAGAACAUGUACAGCCCCGUUUGAUAGACUUAAAGUAUACCUUAUUACACAAACUGCAUUCACGAAUCAAUUAAAAGCAUCUAAUAAUAUACCAACUACUGCUCUACUUCGUCAAUCUGUCCUUUUGGCAGGCAUGAAAAAUAUUUAUAAUCAAGGGGGUGGAAUUCGUGCCUUCUUUGUAGGUAAUGGUUUAAAUGUCAUCAAGAUCGUCCCUGAGUCGGCUAUCAAAUUUUAUGUCUUUGAAACUGCAAAGUUAAUUUUGGCUGGAUUAACGAACGCUGAAGAUAAAAAUGAUAUACCUGUAGGUGCAAGAUUUAUUGCUGGUGGCAUUGCUGGUCUCUGUGCUCAAUUUUGUAUUUAUCCUGUUGAGACCUUAAAGACAAGGAUUAUGUCAUCCAUGCAUAUUCAAACGAGUGGUACAAGUGGUGCUUAUAAAGCUAAACAAAAAAACAUGAUCUUCAAUACUGCAAAAUCAAUGUAUAAAACAAAUGGUAUCAAAGGCUUUUGGCCUGGUUUAAUGGUUAGUUUACUCGGUGUUUUCCCUUAUCAAGCUCUAGAUAUGGGUAUUUAUGAGACAUUGAAGGUCACUUAUCUUCAUUAUAAUAUGACUUCUCAACAAUCAAAUGAGGAUGGCAGUCAUAAAGCUCCUAACGUUUUAAUCUUAUGGGCAUGUGGUAUGGUUAGUGGUUCAAUAGGUGCUACAUCUGUCUAUCCACUCAAUAUGAUAAGAACUAGGUUACAGGCACAAGGUACACCUGCUCAUCCAUACAAGUAUACAUCAGCUUGGGAUGCAGCACAAAAGACAUUUCAUGCAGAUGGUAUCAAAGGAUUUUAUAAAGGUUUAGGCCCAACACUAUUCAAAGUGGUACCUUCUGUUAGUAUAAGUUAUGCUGUAUAUGAAUUUAGCAAAAGAACUCUUGGUAUCUCUUAAUUUCCUUUACACAUACGUCAUACUUUUGUAAAUAAAUAAAUGGAAAAAAAAAAAAAAAAAA